CUCUAUUUUUUUUUUAAUUUUUUUUUUUUUUUUUUUUUUUUUUUUUGAAAAAGUGUUCCAAUACAAACCAAAAACUACCAUCACGGCUUUAAAAUUAUUUUAAUUUUUUUUAAUUAAUAAUAAUAGUUGGGUUAAAAAAACAGCCGCCAAAAUUCUACUCAAAGAACGUAAGGCCAUCAUUUCUAAAAUGAAAUCGCUAACGGCUGUCUGCCAAACUGGUGCCUCAAUGCCAGCAAUUAAUCCGAACGGGCGUAUUAAUCGUCAUCCGCCACAUCGUGGCGAUGGCGAAAAUGCCGAAAUGAAAAUGUAUUUAUCAAAAUUAAAGGAUUUGGUACCGUUUAUGCCUAAAAAUCGUAAACUCUCCAAAUUGGAAAUAAUACAACACGUUAUCGAUUAUAUAUGCGAUUUACAAACUGAAUUGGAGACACAUCCCGAAAUUAAUAAUUUUGAUGCUACAGCUGCUUUAAAUUUUAAUAAUAACAACAACAUCAACAACAACAAUAAUAAUAAUAAUAGCAGCAUGGAGAGAGUAAUAAAUGGAACAUCAAGGCAGGACCAUCAAAAUGCUACAACUGGUGAAAUUCAGCAACGUUUAAACGGCGAUAGCCAACAACAACAGCAGCAGCAAACACAACAAUCCUCGCAAUUAAUACAACAGCAAUCUAGUCCGAUUCAACAACAACAACAACAACAGCAACAACCACAACGUCAACCUUUAGUUGAUCGUCAAACACCAAAUACUAUAUUGCCUGCCGUCAAUCAACGACAACAACAGCAACAUCAGCAAAUGUCAUCAACGGCUUUAUACUCAAAUAAUUCCUCCAAUAGCAGUAGCUCGUACUCUUACUCCCCUAAUGCAACGACCGCAACAGCAGCAGCAGCAGCUGCGGCCGUAGUAGCAGCAAAUGUUACAACAACAGCAUCAAUUACUCAAGCGUUAACUCAUGAAAAAGAACACAAUAGCAGGCCGUUGUGUUAGACAGACGGUUAAUAUUGCGGUUAACGAUAAGUAUGAUGAUGAUGAUGAUGAUGAUGAUGAUGAUAACGAUGAUAAUGGUGAUGAUUAUGAUGAUGAUGAUAAAAGCGAUGAUUAAAGGAUGAUGAUGAUGAUAAUGAUAAUAAUGAGUGACGAGUGAUGCAAGAGAAGAUGACAAAGGUAAAAAGUAAAACAAGAAAAAAAAAAAGCAAAAAAAAGAAAA